AUGAAUAGAGUUGGACAGUCGAGCGCUGUACGGAGGGAGGAGAGAGAGGGAAGGAAGAUGGCGCAAAGGGAAGUGGAAAAAUGCUGUGAGCGAAGAGGUGGAGGGAGGGAAAGGAGGAGGAGGAGAAGAAGAAGAAGAAGAAGAAGAAGAGGGAGGAGAGGAGGAGGAGGAGUGGAAGUGGGAGUGGGAGUGGGAGAGGGCGAAGAGGAGGAAGAGUGGAGGAGCGACCGAGCUGGGAGGGAAACGGAAUUAGAGUUCGCGGGAAAGCAAAAGCCAGGCCCUGCUUCAGGAAAGCACGCAGCAGAGCGACAGCGAAAAAAAUAA